GGGGCGACUGGCCCCGUAGGCUGAAGCUGCUUGGCCGCAGCUUCAACUGUACGAUCAGUCCGCCUGAACAGCGCGGAAAACAAGCAGCUUUUCAUCGCGGAUUCAAGAGAAUUUUUGGGCGCACAUUUGUUUUUUUCGCCAUGGGAACAACUAUGAACGUCGCAUUUAUUGUGAUCACGCUUUUCUUCGUAGGAACAUCAUCUUGGGAUCUCUCUUCAAGUCGAUUGUUCGAUAGGCCCGACGUAUGGGGAAAGUCGGCACCGAAAAUGGAUUUCGCGACAGACGGCUAUUGCCCUGAAGAUUGGGUCGCUUUCGGUGAAAGCUGCUAUUGGUUUGCCACCAACGAGAGCCGGCUAAUGUACUUCCAAGCUCUUCGGCAUUGCGAGUCGCUCAACGCGAGUCUCGUGACCGUGCUUACGGAAAAAGAACAAAAGUUCCUGUUGAGCCAUCUCAGCGAUGCGACGACCAACCUAUGGAUUGGUCUCGACCAUCUGCCGAACAGGACAUGGGCAUGGGUGGAUGGCAACGCCGUUACUUACACCAACUGGAUCAUCGGCCAGCCUCGUCCCAAAGGCGAGGACUGCAGCGAAAUACUGACCGGAACUUUGCACCCUGGACGAUGGAAUCAGGUUCGCUGCAAUGCGAAAAGGAUGCACGUCUGUGAAAAGAAACGAGACAAGUCGCUGCCUCCUCGGCCCUCGGCAAAGAACAGUUCUCGAUGCGAGCUGGCGUUGCCCGGUUCCUUCGAGUACCGGCAGUCAUGCUACCGCAUGGGUUCGUACCAGGACUGGGACCGCGCCGCGGAGAAUUGUCAAGCCCAGGGAGGCCAGCUGGCCGACGUUCGCGAUGUCUUCGAGGACGCCUUCCUUUCCGUGAAGUUCAAUUUCCGAGGUGGCCUGUUUUGGAUCGGUCUGCAGGACGCGAAGGCCACGGGACUGUUCACGUGGUUGAGCGGCUGGCCGGUGCAGUACACGAACUGGGCUCCUCUACAGCCGGGUGCUUCGAACGGCGAUCGACGGUGUGUCGCUUCCGACCUCGCCACGGGAAUGUGGAGCGUCCAAGCCUGCGACACGCACCUCUCUUUCCUUUGCCAGUUCAACAAUGAGAAACCACCCGAGGUGCCGCACCAUGACGGCGCAUGUCCCGAACACGCCAGAAACUGGAUCGACGUGGGCAACCCUUAUUGCUACUGGCUCGAAGCAGAGCGCGUCGUGGAUUUCAACGAAUCCGUCGCUAUCUGCAAUAGCAAAAACUCAACACUAGCCAGUUUUCACUCCAAGGAAGAAAUCGGAAGGCUCAGUCCGUAUCUUCGCAAAUCGCAGCACCAGCUGUGGAUUGGGCUCGUCAGUGGCCACAACGAUAGCUACGAAUGGCUGGACGGUUCUCCGCUGAAUUACGAGCACUGGAAGAAUGGUGAACCGAACAACAUCGAUGAAAACUGCGUCGAGAUGCGACAGUUCGACGCGCUUUGGAAUGACGUCCACUGUGACUUGAAAAACGGCUUCAUAUGCGCCGUGGAGAAAGAACCUCAAGGUGACGGAAAUGAAGGUGCAGCGGCCACUCACUCCGGUAAGUGUCCACAUGAGCGCAAGAAGACCAGCGCGGGAGUGUACGUGGCCGUGGGCCUGGGUGCACUGCUCGUGAUCGUGGCGGCGGCAUUCGCCAUUCAACAGGUCGUGCGGUACAACCAGUUCAGGCGCCGUAACGGAGGACUGUUCUCCUUCGAGAACAACGUGUACAUCGACCCACCCGUUCAAGAUUUAAACGCUUCGAUGGGAUGAACGCCUUCACCAAUCGUGGGCCGGGUAGCCGCAACAUAGCCUCAAGGACCAGCGCACUAAAAUAAGGCACAUGAACGCUCUGUAAAUCGCACCGUACAGCCUCAGGCCUGCACCACUGAUCCAGCUGGCCCAUGUGUAGAGCGAACGUUUCAAGCCUGGUGUUAUUCAGUGUGCGAUUUGAUAACAGUGCGAGUGCCGAUCACCCUUGUUGGGACAUUAGGGCCCAGUGGGCUACAUGGGCGGGUUAGUAUUUUUUCACUGACCGUACGACGAAAACCUGUUUUGUGUGUGGUAAUCACAGCUUCGUCACUCGGUAUUUGGAUGGACACACUAGGCUUUUAAUGGGUGAAAGAAUAAUUUGCCUGUCAAAUUAUUAGAAACGGUAUCAUUUCAUCAAGGCGUAAAAAAAACGAAGAAAAAUGUACUUUGUUGCGUUGUUUUCUGCGUGUGAAGAGAACGCAGAUUAGUGGAUUAAUUCGAAUUCAAUAUUUAGAAAGUUAGCGAAAGGAUGGCAUUAAGCAGUAUUUGAUCUCACAGACGGUCUUUUUAGAUUUAUGUGUAAGUGUGGGUGUCUCGUAAGAGUGACACAUAUAUGAGCCUAUUUUUGUCAGGUUCUUCCGCGACAGGGUGACGUAGAACUGGAACGUUCAUAGGUUUAUGACAAAUCAGUGUUUUCAGUUGUACUUACAGCCGCCGCCAGGAGACUGCAUGGUAAACAAGGUCUUGAUGAAGCGACAUGUUUAAAUUCGGUUCAGAGUCUGAAACAUGCUCUUUCCUUAAGACUGUCUAUGGUUCACCAAACUCUCGCUCGAAACUUCUUGAGUAUGGUGUGUCAUUGAACGACGAAGGAUUUCGUUCCACACGAUAAAUUACUAACGCCAACCCGACGCUCCAUGUCAGGAAGCGAAAAAAAAGGGAGAGGGGGGCGGGUGCUUCACAAUGAAACAAUCUUUAGCUCGGAAACCGCACGCAUCACGUCGAUGGUUAUGCUGCGCGGUCUCCGAACCCUAAUCGGCAUCUGCAUAGACAUUAACUUUAGUUCUCUCCUGAUUAUUCAGUAACUACUAGAAACUCGGAUACUCUUAUUACCUCGAGCGCUGCUUGCAAAUCAUUAUGUUAUGUGACGGGACCAAUUAGCCUGCACAGAAGGGCCACUUUGUAGCUUUACCUACACUAGGUUACCGCUGACUCGAUCGCAGCACACAUAUGCCGAAUAUGGCCUUCAUCAACUCCCGAAGCUUAGUUGUCGCAUUUAUCGUUAGGUGUAGCAGUAUAGUCGAGAGUUCCCCAAGAGACCUGAUUUAGCAAGAAAUAAAUUUCCUCAUGACAUGGAGCCCCGUUUGGUGUGCGCCCGCUCAAGUUUGAAACGAGACGCUGCAAACUGACAGUUGCCUUUUUCUGUAGUUAGUAGUUACCCAAGCGAUUUUAACAAGCUUAUGCGCAUUUGGGUAGUUCUAUAAGCUAUGCAUUUCAUAGAAAAUGACCAAUAAAAUUCCUUUCCAAUGUACUUCAAUGAAAUUGUCAAACAAGUUUAAGGUGUUUACAUUAAUCGUCUCUGUCAUUGACUUGUGAUAAAAUAAAGCUUUUG